AUGGAACUUUUACAGUGUAUUAUUUCAUUCUGGAAUUUUUUGGCGCUUUUUUGUAUUUUUCAGAGGUUGUGGAAAUUUUUGGUGCUUUUUUUGUCCUUCUUGGUCAUUUUGCAACUUUUACAGUGUUUUUUUUUUUGUCAUUGUGGAACUUUCUGGCGCUAUUUUGUAUUUUUUUGUCACUGUGGAACUUUUUUGCACCUUUUUGUCAUUCUUAGUCAUUAUGGAACUUUUACAGUGUUUUUUUUUGUCAUUGUGGAACUUUCUGGCGCUAUUUUGUAUUUUGUUGUCAUUGUGGAACUUUUUGGUGCUUUUUUGUCCUUCUUGGUCAUUUUGCAACUUUUACAGUGCUUUUUGUCAUUGUGGAACUUCUUGGUGCUUUUUUGUAAUUUUUUGAGAUUGUGUAACUUUUUGUCAUUCUUGGUCAUUAUGGAACUUUUAGUGUUUUUUGUCAUUGUGGAACCUUUUUGCACCUUUUUGUCAUUCUUGGUCAUUAUGGAACUUUUACAGUGUAUUAUUUCAUUCUGGAAUUUUUUGGCGCUUUUUUGUAUUUUUCAGAGGUUGUGGAAAUUUUUGGUGCUUUUUUUGUCCUUCUUGGUCAUUUUGCAACUUUUACAGUGUUUUUUUUUUGUCAUUGUGGAACUUUCUGGCGCUAUUUUGUAUUUUUUUGUCACUGUGGAACUUUUUUGCACCUUUUUGUCAUUCUUAGUCAUUAUGGAACUUUUACAGUUGUUUUUUUUUUUUGUCAUUGUGGAACUUUCUGGCGCUAUUUUGUAUUUUUUUGUCAUUGUGGAACUUUUUUGCACCUUUUUGUCAUUCUUAGUCAUUAUGGAACUUUUACAGUGUUUUUUUUUUUGUCAUUGUGGAACUUUCUGGCACUAUUUUGUAUUUUGUUGUCAUUGUGGAACUUUUUGGUGCUUUUUUGUCCUUCUUGGUCAUUUUGCAACUUUUACAGUGCUUUUUGUCAUUGUGGAACUUCUUGGUGCUUUUUUGUAA